AUGAAGGCCCAAACCAUCGCUGCAACAUUGUUCUCCAUCUUUGUCGCUGCCUCCGCAGCCCCAGCCACCGGCACCAAGACCGUUGAGCUGAGCGGAAGCCAGCUGAACAGCGCUCUUCAGAAGCACGGCAAGGCCGCAAGCUUUGAUGUCAACCAGGUCAUCAACUGCACUGUGUCCUACACCCUUGCCCUGAGCACCGGUGGCCCACCAUACACCAUUGACCUGGCCAGCCUGGACCUGUCCAACUGCACCUACUCUGGCGCAUGA